CCCAAAGGGGGAGGACCUUUAAAAGUUGUUAUAAAGAGUGCUGGAUGUUGAAUCAUGUGCAGUGAACAGUGUUCUGUAAUCUUUCCAAUCACUUCUGUACACGUUCACAAUUUCAACUACUAUGGCACAGAAUGGAACUAUAGAGAACGGGGGCUCUCGAAAUGUUGCCCCUCCACCUCUGCCUCAACCUGUUAAAAACCCAGAGAUUAAACACACUAAGAUUUUUUUCAAUAAUGAAUGGCACAGCUCAGUCAAAGGAAAGACGUUUCCUACAUUCAACCCUGCAACAGGUGUCAAAAUCAGCGACAUUGAGGAGGCAGACAAAGUUGAUGUAGAUAAAGCUGUGGAAGCUGCCAGAUCAGCCGGGCAGAGGGGCUCUGUGUGGCGGCAGAUGGAUGCGUCGAGUCGGGGCGAGUUACUGAACAGACUGGCAGAUCUGCUGGAGAGAGAGCGCUGUCUGCUCGCAACUCUAGAGUCAAUGGACACUGGCAAGCCGUUCCUGCAUGCUUUCUUUGUCGAUCUGGAUGGCAGCAUUAAAACCUUGAGAUAUUACGCUGGUUGGACAGACAAGAUUCACGGGAAAACCUUGCCAGUCGAUGAAAACUUUGUGUGUUUCACCAAACACGAGCCCAUCGGUGUGUGCGGCGCGAUCAUUCCGUGGAACCUCCCUCUGCUGAUGUUUAUGUGGAAGAUAGCACCGGCCCUGGCCUGUGGCAACACGGUGGUCAUUAAACCCGCCGAGCAAACCCCACUGACAGCUCUCCAUGUUGGUGCCCUAAUAAAGGAGGCAGGUUUUCCACCUGGAGUCGUGAAUAUCGUACCGGGAUUUGGACCUACGGCUGGGGCGGCAAUCGCAAGUCAUAUGAGCAUUGACAAAGUGGCUUUCACAGGCUCCACAGAGGUGGGGCAGCUGAUCAAAGAAGCGUCGGCCAGGAGCAACCUGAAGAGAGUGACUCUGGAGCUCGGGGGCAAAAACCCCUGCAUUGUGUUCGCUGACUCAGAUCUGCAGUUGGCGGUUGAGGAGAUUCAGAAAGGUGCAUUCUUUAACCAGGGCCAGGCAUGCACCGCUGCGUCCCGCGUGUACGUACAGGAGCAGGUCUAUGAUGAGUUUGUGCGGCUCAGUGUGGAAAGGGCCAAGAACAUAGUGGUCGGAGACCCCAUGGAUCCACGUACCUCACACGGGCCACAGAUUGACCAGCAGCAGUUUGAUAAGAUCCUGGAGCUGGUGAACAGUGGGAAGAAGGAGGGAGCAAAGCUGGAGUGUGGUGGAUGUGAGGUUGAAGACAAAGGCCUGUUCAUCCAGCCCACCAUUUUCUCUGAUGUCAAAGAUCACAUGCGUAUAGCCAAAGAAGAGAUCUUCGGGCCGGUUCAGUGCAUCAUGAAGUUUAAAACACAGGAGGAGGUGAUUGACAGGGCUAACAGCUCACAGUACGGGCUGACGGCAGCAGUGUUCACUCGUGACAUAGAUCGAGCCCUUAGUGUGUCUGGGGCCUUGGAGUCUGGAACUGUUUGGGUGAACUGCUACAACGCCUUACAUGCUCAAGCUCCUUUUGGAGGCUACAAGAUGUCAGGAAAUGGACGCGAGCUGGGUGAAUAUGCAUUGGCUGAGUACACUGAGGUCAAAGCCAUCACUAUUAAACUCAAAGAGCAGCUGAGACUGUGAUCUGUGGUAUUACUGAUCUGAGACCAGUCCUUUACUGUGGACUUCAUCUAUGCACAGACUGCUUUCAUUCGUAACUGCUGCUGCAUCUGUCAAUCAAAGGAUGGAAAAUCCGGCUUUACCAUGAAAUUAUUUCUCAUUUUACCCUAAUCCGUAAUGUAUCAGUCCCUGUUUAUUCUUUGUAGAUGUUCUGUACAGAUUAAAAGAAAUGUGUGUUUUUAUGUUUUAUUUAAUGUUGAUGAUUUUAUAUCAAGCAAAUUCAUUCAUCAUCUUUCAAUAUUUACUUAUAUAUAUAUAUGUGUGUUUCCAAGCUCAUACCCUACGUACUUUUAUUAUUGUGAUUGACAUUGUUUUAGAGACAGGCCACAUAAGACUUAAUUGUUUUGGUUGCAGUGGGGGCUUAUGACUGCUCAUCCGAGGGGGCAAAUUCAAAAUAUGUGUUCGGAGUGUCAUGUGUGUUGCUCGUGCUUUCAAAAUAUGUGUUUGUUGCGUCAUGUGAACCAUGUGCUUCACGUGCUUUGUCAAAAUAAGUGCCUGCAGAACACAUAUUUUGAACUUUCGAACCACACACAUGAUGGGCUACAUACUGUACAUGUUGUGAAGAACUUCGGAUCGAGUGCCCUCGAAAAAAGAAGUCACCUGCCGCCACUGUUUGGUGGUACAGUUUUAUCUGAUGUCUUAAAGGUCUCCUUUUAUGGCAGCUACAUAAACACCAUGGAUAGUCUGAUAUAUGGGUCAAUGACAAAACAAGCUCCUAAAAACAUUUUAUUAAAACGUUUUGUUUAUUGAACAUUAUUUCAGUACAUUUUAAUGAUUUUAGCACAAUAUUUUUGAUAUCCCUAUUUUAAAAAAAUGUCAGGUGGUACUUUAAAGUCAUUGUCUAUUGGCCAGAUAGGUUUUAAGCUCCUUAUGUCACGCUGAUUUUGAUGUUUGUUUAUUCAACAGUGGCAUUUAAAAUUAUAAUCCUAAAAAAUUUUUUUAUUGGAAAAUAACUUUACCAUAAAAGUACAAUUUGAGAACUUUAAAUUUAAGAACAAUAUAUAUUUUAUUAUAAUAUGGAUUAUAGCUUUAAUAAAUGAAACCUUAGUUAAAUUAUUAGCUAAAUUAUUAGCUUAUUACAAAUAUUUUAAUAUUUCAUUAAUAUUUUUAUUAUAGCUUAAUAUUUUUAUUAAGGGGCAUUCAUAGCAAUUUGGCAUUCUGGUUGCACCACCUGACCUUAGCUAUGAAUUAACAUUUUACUUUCUACUUUAUAAGCUUUUGCCUGUAAUGUCAAAUUCAUACAUUAUAUUUGUAUUUAAAAAUAUAUUUGUUGCAUUUUUUUAUAUUAUGUUGGUUGUACCACCUGAAACAGAAAUUGUACCACCCUACACAUUACAUUAAACUAGCUAUUUCAGUAUUUGACAGAAAUCUACAAACUUUUCAUUCAGAUAUAAAGACCACUUGGGGUUUACUGGAUGAUGUGAUAUCAUGUUUACUGUUUAUAGGCCUACUUGUUAACUUCUUAAUAAAAGGCCCAUUAUUAUGGUUGUACUACCUUGACAUUUGAGAACAUCCAAAUUGUUGGACAGAAGUUAUUCUAUUCCUAACAUCCCAACCACUACUGAUUUUUGUGUUUUUUUAAUAAUAAAGGUUUCAAACAUAAAAUAAUGCCAAAGUAUGUUAUUAUGAAUUGUUUUAUAAUUUAAACCCCAUUUUUUACAGUUGUCUUAAUCUGCUAAUUUGUAUGGACAGUUUGAGGUACAAAAAACCUAGUAUUUAUUAUUAAAAAAUAAAAAAAAUUUAAUAAAACUGAAUAGGUUUUUAUAGACUAAAGUGAUACGUGUCAUAAAUGUAUAAAGAUAUUUUUAUAGUAUAUGCCCCAGACACAAAAAUAUGCAUGUCAUGUCAUUGACCCAUAUGUCAAGUAAAUAAUAUGUUUUUAAUCACCUCAGUAAAAAAUGUUGCCUUUGUCUCACAAUGAAUCCUUUCUGAA